UUUGCAGUGGAAACACCAAGGAGCAAACCGCCACCCUGUCGCUAACUGGAUCAGAUGCAGGCAAUGAGUGCAGAUUCAAGGAUGCCAGAGCCCAGUCUGGAAAACCUUGGCGUUCCUGAAGGCCGCAGGAGAAACCACCAAAACUUUGGGGCUCUUGAGAAGUUUGCUCAAAAUAUGGCAGAGAACAUAAUCCAGUCUUUUAUAAACCAAAUGGAAAUGGUGAAACCAGAGGUGUCCGGUUCUAAUCGAGACCAGGAGACGUUAGCUGAAGAGUUAGCGUCAGCAGUGAUUGAGAUCGCUCUGAGGGAAGUCUGCGGUGGUUGCGAUGUGGAGGGUUUCCAGAGUUCAAGAUCAGCUGGGGUAAAGAUGGAUGAUGAACAGGCUGAGAACGUGGCUUUCUUGGAUGAAUCUGGAAGAGAAAGAGACUUUUUGACCAUGGACACAGAGAUGGAUCCAGUUAGAGAACUGCACACCUCUAAAGACAUCCAGCCCUACCACCCGCCUCUGUCCCACUCAGGACUCCCCGUCGUGGGAUCUCUCGACUACCCCGACGCCCCUCCGACCACCCCCCUCCUCCCCGAGCUCGAGAGGAGCAGACACAGUUUCGCCCGGAAGCUGAAAGGAGGCUUGGCGAAGGUUUUCCUGCCCUCGCCUCCUCCGCCAACGCCAAAGGACAAAGAGGACGAUGUUGGCUCUGUGAACAGCCACCGGGUGGAGUUAAUGGAACACUUGAUGCACUCACUGACCACAGAUGAUCUGGCAAGAGAUUCCUUUGAAGUCGGAGCUCAGCAUGGAGCCAAGAUGGAGGCUUUUGCAGAGGCUCUUUCAUGUAACAUCAUAGACUGGGUCUUGAGCAGCAAAAACAGAGAGCAGAUAGCAAGCGAUAGCGAUCUUCAUCUACUAGCCCACCAACUGGCUGAAACCAUCAUCACCUCCUCCCUCGAUGAAGCCAAAAUGACUGUCUAGAGUUUAAAUGUGAUAAACAGGAUCAUAUUUGUGAUGAUUGGCGUGUACACUCACACACAAGAGAACAACAAUAUUGAUAUUCACCCACGUUACCUUCAGGCUCACGACCACUGCCUGACCUUUUCAUUGCAGUGUGGUUUACUGUAAUAAUAAUAAUAAUCUGAAGUUAAUUUAUUUCUCAAUAAAAGAUCAUCCAGA